CUUCACUGCUACCACUAGUACCAGACACCCCAGCCCGUCCACUCGCCGCACCAUUCCUUUGCUGCGCGUUGAUUUUCGCUAAGAUGUCGACCACCACCGCGACGGCGAUCCAAAGCUCGCGCCCCCCCAUCAUCCCCAAAGACUUCUCCGCGCAACAACCCAAAACAAUCCGCCUGUAUCCCCUCUCCAACUACACAUUCGGCACCAAGGAGACCCAGCCGGAGGAAGAUCCUUCGGUGCUGGCGCGUCUGAAACGUCUGGAGGAACACUACGAGGAACAUGGCAUGAGACGCACCUGCGAGGGCGUUCUCGUCUGUCACGAACACAACCAUCCCCACGUAUUGAUGUUGCAAAUUGCCAACGCGUUCUUCAAGCUACCUGGCGACUACCUUCACUUCGAAGACGACGAAGUCGAAGGAUUCAAGAAACGACUCAAUGAGCGUCUUGCCCCGGUCGGCUCACAGUUCUCGGGCGAAGGCGUUAAUGAAGACUGGGAGAUCGGCGACACGUUGGCACAAUGGUGGCGGCCGAAUUUCGAGACGUUCAUGUACCCAUUCCUACCGGGACAUGUGACUCGGCCGAAGGAGUGCAAGAAGUUGUAUUUCAUUCAGUUGCCGAAGAAGAAGGUCCUCUCGGUCCCGAAGAACAUGAAACUCCUCGCGGUCCCACUGUUCGAACUAUACGACAACACGGCACGAUAUGGUCCGCAGCUCUCGGCCAUUCCCCACCUUUUGUCGAGAUACAACUUCGAGUUUGUGGAUGAGAAUGACAACGUGGUUGCAGCGACGCCGGGAACGCCAUUGCCCGAGCAUCAGAUCCCUCGGACGAAGGUGCUGGCCGGGGAAAGCGGCGAUGGGCAGGAUGAGGGGAUGGCGGACUACGUUGCCGAGGGGGGUGAGAAUGGAGCUAGUGCGUAGAUGAGCCAGGUGCAGGUGUCGUGUCGUGUCGUGUCGUGUCUUGGUCUGGGAUUGUCCGAUGAUUCCCCGUGGACGGAUUGAUAGACCGACACCUGGCUGGGGUACCUGCUGAUCUCCUCGGAUGAUUUUCCUAUUCCAUUAUUUUAUUGAAAAGACAUGAUGUUUGUUCUGGCUGGCGUCUGAGGAGCGAAGCUGUUUAUUUACUAUAAUUAUGUUCGUGUUAGCUAUUACUGGUAGCGGUCAAUAUAUUCAUGAAGUACCAC